AGAUGGGGCGGAUCAACACUUCGACCUUCCUCGGCACGGGAAUGCUACCAAACCAACCGUGGCCAAUACUACAGGAAAUAUCCCAGUCUUUUCUCAAAGGUCGAUAAUCUGAUCGGUAAGGGAUUAUCAACGGAUCAAGUUUAUAACUCCAUUGCCAGAGCUGGAGCUAGUACGGUUAGUGAAGCUAUACCUGGUCCCAAGUUAAUUGACAACAGAAAGCUGUUAUCAAAAAAAAAGAAACUUCCACUAGUUCCAGUAGCAAGAAACAAUUCAAAAGUGUGUCGGGGACUGGGACUCACAUUACGCAAUCGUGUAAUCUAA